UAGAAGGGGGCGGUGAUGCUCGCUGACCAAUGGCGCAGGGGAUUCGAGCGUUGUCGGAAGUGUUCGGCUCAGUUCGGAAACGCUGUGGAGGCGGAGCGAGACGCGUGUGGAUGGAGUGGAUGAUGCUUUUCUCCACCGGAGAUCUGUGUUAGACACCUGCACUAAAUGUGUGUCAACAUGAACUUGAAAAUUUGUCUGGAGUGACAGAAAUUUUUCAGUGUCCAAUCAUUUCUCAGUAGCCAGUCACCUCCAGCAUGGACUUCCUGCAGAUGAAGCACCUGAAGAGGAAGAGGAAGAGUAACUACAGCGUGAAAGAAACUCAGACUCUCAUCCGCGAGAUCCACAAGCGACGUGAGAUUUUGUUCUCCCGACAGCAAAACAUGGCCAUCAACGAGCUGAAGCGGCGAGCGUGGGAAGAGGUCGCGGACAGCGUCAACGCGCUGGGCGAGGGUGAGCUGCGUACGGCGGCCGAGGUCAAGCGACGCUACCUGGACUGGCGCGCCCUCAUGAAACGAAAGCAGCUUCAGGCUGAGUUGGCGUCUGGAUUGAAGCAGGAGUUUGAAUCUUCUUCUCCAGAUAAUGAAGCAUCUCUGGGUGGUGGUGACCAGUCGCUGGACCUCAGUGGGUUUUCUAAAGACUCGUCGUGCGACUGGCAGGACCUGACAGACCUCGGGGAGCCCAGCACACACACGCCUGGGGUCAAAAUGGAGGACGAUGAGGCCAGCAGCUACAGAUUGGAAGCGGAGGUUGGAGAAGGUGGGGAGGGUGAGGAGGACGAUGAUGACUGUUUUCCCUCCAUCCUCCCUGAAAUGGACCGUGAGGGGCGAGUUCCUGAGGUCUUCGCUCACAUCGAUGAAUUCGGCGUGCUGAGCUCCACGAAGCCCACGGCUGCCGGCCGAGACCUGGGGCUCGGAGUUGGUAGCAUGACCGGGAUGGGCGUAGCUGGAUUGGGAUUAGCUGGAGGGGAGAACACAAGUCUGCUGGUGGCGCUGGAGAGGCAGAGACUGGACCUGGAGAAACACCGCUUGCAGGUAGAGUCCGAACGACUACAGGUGGAGAAAGAGCGCCUCCUGGUGGAGAAGGAGAGGUUGCGGCAAGGGGAGGUGGAGAGAGAGAGGUUGCAGCUGGAGAAGGAACGUCUGCAGGUGGAGCGAGAACGAUUGCGACUGGUCUUGCAGCAAAACAUGCCGCUCCAGCAGAGCCCCGCCCCCUCGACCUCUGUAGCCACGCCCACAACAUCAUCCUCUGCCCCCUCGUCAUCCUCAUUGGAUGGAGAGAAGGACAGGAAACUGGCUUGGCCAAUGGCAGUGGAUUUGGAGGCAGAGAAGCUGAAGUUAGAGAAAGAGCGCCUCCUGUUGGAGAAAGAGAGACUGCAGUUCUUCAAGUUCGAGUCGGGCAGACUGCAGAUUGAGAAAGAGCGCCUGCAGGUGGAGAAAGAGAGACUGCAGCUUCAUAAAGAUGGACAACAGAUGGCGCUGCACUCGUGAAACGCCAUAGAUACAGCUGGGUAGGGGAAAAAAUCAUUGUUUCCAUAGUUACCCAUUCAUUCCUGUGGGGAAAAACUAAAACAUUUGUUGUUUAUGAACUUUACCAGACAUUUAAAAAAAAAAUAAGCAGAAAGAAGUCAAGCAAUGGAUACAAGCAGUUCAUAAACAAGAUGGUAAAGAGGACUCGCUUCUGAACAUGUGCAGCAGUUUACUUAUUUAAAUAAGUUAAUAUGAAAUAUGACAAGGGAAGUAAAUUAAAACUAUUACAAAUCUUUAUCGUUAUUUAACAUAAAAAUAAAUUAGGAUUAAGUGAAAUAAAAUUGGACUUACUAAAAACUACUAAAAUUACUAAAAAACGAAGCUAUAUAGAAAUAUUUAAAGCAAAAAUAAUAAAAAGGACAAAAGCAAAAUUACUGAAACUUAAAAUAAAAUGAAAACUGAACAUAUAAAAGCUAGUUCAAUAUACUAAAUACUAUAAUAGUAUAUAAUAUUCAAUUUCUUUUAUUCAGUUGGCAGAAACAACUGUUCUGAAUUUUUUGGUUUAUUUGAAUUGCAAAAAUCAACACUCCUUUCUAAAAAUAGCCAAAUUUUUCUGUAUAUUUCUCCCUACAGAAAUGAAUGGAUAUCUAUGGUAAACAGGAUUUAAAUUAUAUGACGUGUUUCUGACUGUAUAGAUCAGGUCAGCCCACAAAAUUGCCUUCUGCUCAUGCAAAACAACGUUAUAUGCUUGAGUAUUGUGUAUUGAUUAUCUUGUAAAAAUUUAUGCAGAAGUAUCUGAAUGCACUUCUCACAUAUUGAAAAAAAAAUACAGAUACUCCUGAUUAACUUUUUACCAGAUGAUAUGUACUUUGUUACCAUACUGUGUUUAAUGUACAGAGUAAAACAAGAGAGCUUAAAAAAGAGUUGGAUUGUAUAAGGGCUCUUAUGUGUUCACACUACAGGAUGGAUUUAUGUGGAAUCAUUGUAAAUGUGAAUGUAUGGUACUGUCCAAAUUGUUUCUAUAAAUGAUUUAUAUGUUUGUAUGCUCAGAGACAUGUGAGGCCACGCUUUUAUUUUGAAACAAUCAGGUUUUUCUCUGGUCUUGAUGUCAAAGCGAUUUCACUUCAGAUCUUGCAUAAUGCAGAUAUGUGUUUGCAAAACUAUCGGUGCUCAGACUGAAUUUCGCUUAUUUACACUCUCAAACAUGAAUGUGAACAGUCAAAGAAAAAUCUUAUAAGUCAAGAGAAAAAAAUAAGAAUUUUUUUCAUCAAAAAAAAAAAGGAAGACUAUUUUAAGACCCGUUUACACCAAGGACGAUAACGAUAAAAUCUUAAACAUUUAUAUUUAUAUUUAUGAGAACAUAAAAAUGACCCAUGUCCAAAUUUGAUGGCAUUUUUUGCCACUUACUAUCAAAAUUUUUACAUUUGGCCAUUAACAUUUAGUCAACAACCUGUGUUUCAGAUUUUCAUACGGUGGUUUCGUCUCAAUCGGACAAACGGUUUCGAAAAUAUUCACAAAAGUUGUUUAAAUGCUAAAUCACAACGUUGCACAAACCAUAAGGCAAUGUUUGGUAUCGUUGGACUCAGCAAGGAUUCAGGAAUCUAAGGAUUUCUGUGAAAAUAAGUAAACCUUACCAAUAUCAUAAGCAUGUGAAUAUUUAAUUUUACCUUCAGAGCAUCGUGCCGUUGACCCAUACUGAGUUUUGUAAUGAUAUGCAAAUAAAUAUGCAAAAAAUGGCCAACGUCCAAAAUGCCCGAUAUUUGAUAACAUUUGACUUGGAAUUCUGCCCCAAAUCUAAUGAGAGUACUUUUAUGAUUUUUGGGCAAACCGUUCAGAAGUUAUGAGCAGAAAUAGCCAUUUUUCAUAUAUCUGGACCAGUAGGUGGCGCUGCAACGAUAAAAAUCUUAAAAUCGUUCUAAAUAUAAAAGAAUAGCAGAAUCCACACUACAACUAUACGGUAAUGGCACAGAGAAACAAUAUCGUUGGAAUCACUUUCAGAACGAUAAAAACAUUGACAGCCAAUCAGAAUCCAUCCUGCUUUAAAGCGGCAGACAACAAAACUGCAGCGCGUGCUUUUAGAAUAAACAAAACGAUAUCGUCCGCUGGUGUAACACUAAUAUAGUUAGUGUUCUUGGUGUGAACUGGCUUUUAGGCCCAUAUCUUUUCUUAUUUUUUUCUUUUGAUUGUGAGGUAAAACAUAUUCUUCACAGGUUUCGAGAGAUUCCCUCAUAAAGGCCUGUUACGUGAAUGUAGUGUUUGAGUUUGUGUGUUUGUCUUACGGUAACGUUAGUUGUUUUCAGGCCUCGAUGAUUCCUGAACUUCAGCUGUUUCUGUGGUCGUGUAAUUCCUGUCGGAUGUUGCAUUUACGUUUAUGCGUCAUAUACAAUCGACUUGCAUUGCAUUGAAGGUAUAUGUUUUUCUAAUUUGUUUUUAAUUGUUUCGUGAUCAUUUAUUUUUUUCAUCCAAGAGUGUCUUAGGCCUGUUUCACACAUCACACAUAAAAGCAGAGUGUUUUGUUUUGAAUUUUACACUGAACUUUAGCAGAAAAUAUAGUGAAAAUGAUCUGUGAACCUAUUUAUCAGCAUGACUAGUUUACUUACUAAAAAGUGAUUGUCUUUCAUUGCAUGUGGUUUUUUUCCCCCCAGAAAGGAGGGAAAAAAGGGAAAUUGAUGCAGAUAAUGAAUAAAAUGCAUAAUGAAGCAACAUGUAAAAGUUCACUUUUUUUGGAAAAAAUAUGUCCACAUGCAGUGAAAUACAAGAAAAACACUUUCUAUACAGUAAAUUGGACUGAAUCCACAUGAUUUAAAGAGAUAGUUCAUGCAAAAAUCAUCAUUCUGUCAUCAUAUACUCACCUCCAAACCUUCAUGACUUUCUUCUGUGGAUCACAAAAGAAGAUAUUUCAUGCGAGUAAAUGAUGAAUUUUCAUUUUGGGCGAACUGUCUCUUUAAGCAGUGUGUAUCUCCACAUCAGGUUCUGUGUAAAUUACCAUUUGGCUGUAAAUGUUUUUUUUCAGUUACAUUUCUAAUAGUUAUUAAUAACUCUUGAUUUAUUAAUGUAUGGCCAUUAUUAAUGGAAACGCUCCUUGUAGUAACCCAGAUAUCACUUUAUUUGUGUGUAGCUGCUCUCAGCAGACGCAGGUGUGUGAAACAGGCCGCACGGUUCAGUUCAGCUUCUCUCUGCAUUUCUAAUGACGUGGAAAAGCAAAGCUGUUUGGUGCCAUGUUUUAUUGUUGUCUUUAAAGCCGCUUUCCUCCGUUGGAUCUCUGGUGAACAUGUUUUCAUGCUCAGACGAAGGUCGUGUAAUUUAAAGACAAAGGGUUUUAUGGAUGUUUAGUUUUUGUGAGCUGGUGCUGUUAGUGUUGAUGGACUCAGAAAGGUGUGUUUUAUUGUACUGUACGUGCAAUAUACGUAAAUGGUGUGUGUGUGUUUUAAAUGUAUGUUCCAGAUGUGGCAAAGCACAAAAAUAAAUAGAAUUUAAAGAAUUUAAA